UGUCUAGGACGCCAAACGUACAGGAGAUAAUUUAGAAAUAACGCACGUUUACCUGACCAUUUACCUGUUUUUCCUUUCAUUAUUUAGUGUAUAGAUCUGGCUUCCAUACACGAUCUGUCGUAGCGUAAGUCGUUGUGGUAUCUUAGCAACCUGUAAACCAAACGCCGAAAGAAGAAGUCCCAUGUCCCAGUACAGUCAGCUCAAAAUAACACAGCAAAGUAGACCAUUGCGCUAGAUGAGUAAAUUAAACAGAAACUGUGGCUAAGAAUUGGUUAUCAGACAGGAAUUAAUUAUCGUGAUUUCGAGAUGAUGACUGAGAAGCUCAGGCUGACCUGUGACAGACUCCUGUCACAGCAGCAGCUCGCAUGCUGCCACUCUUAUUGUGGCAUCCCGCUACACGGCAAAGAUGUCCUGAUUUACAGUAAUGUGGACGUACGGCGGAAGCCCCUGCUGCUAACUGGCCACCAUGGUGACAUCAGUGCCAUGGCUUUUGGAAAAAGAAGCACACCUGUUAUCCUCUGCUCUGCCUCUGCUGAUUAUAUCAUUGCCUGGGAUAUUGAACUAUGCAAGAGGAGAACACAGGAGGGUAAAGUUGCAGCAGGAGUAGUUAUUGGGACUUUACUGGGUGAAGUUGUCCAUCUUUCCUUUUGUUUCUCUGAUGAACGAGUGGCUGCAUGUGCAGGAGCAAAUAUAUACGUUCUCAACUCAAAGAGACAGGAAAUGAUCUCUACCUUGACCGGCCACUUGGGGCCUUUAACAUCAGCAGAGUUCUGCCCCUGGAAUAAAGAUAUUCUUGUCACCACGUCAGAAGAUCGAACUUUCAAGGUUUGGGAUUUAAAAACUGAAGCGGUACUCUACCAGUCAUUCGUUCUUUCAGCCUCUCCACUGCUCAGCGUACUUUUCCUGGAGGAGGACAGGCAGCUUGUCACUGGCUCGACCGAUGGACAGGUAUGGUGCUUUUCUGUCAGCGAUGACAGCAAGUGUCACCUGGUGACAAAAAUGGACCUUACGAAGAUGGAAAAAAGACAUCAAACGCACCAAGAGAUUGUUAGCCAUGGAGCAGGGGUCGCUGAGCAAUCACCUGUAGAUGAAGUGGAGACCUCAAAACCUGUGCUUAAAAUGGCAUCAUGCAGUCACUUUACAGACACUAAUACUGAGCAAACAAUAGACAGCAGCUGGUUUUGUAUUGGAAGCUCUGAUGGCUUGUAUGUGGUGGAUGUGGCUACCUCAGAACUCCUAACAGCACGAUAUUUCAAAGAUUGCCCCGACCUGAGCAUGGCUGGGUCAUGGUCAUUCUCUCCAGGCCUUGAUAACUCUAUGAUGGUGUUGGUGAGCUCUUUGUUUACUCCGUGUGUGGUCCUGCUGGAGUUGCACCUAUGUGAGUUAGGGAGGAUUCUGGCUUGUCGUCAGGAAGGCCUCUCCGUGUUCCCUAGUUCCCCUCCACUGCUUGAAUCUCCUCUGAACGCCGACUUAAAGAAGAAGAAGGAGCCCUUGCAGCCCAAAAAGAAAGGAGGUAUAAAGGAACAGCCUCUGGUUUUCCACUCAAAAGUGAAGUCAUCUGGAUAUACCGGUGCCCCAAGAAGGACCAUGUUUUCCCCAAAAACAGGCGUUCAGAAGAAUACUUCCUGUAAGAAGACAAACAAAAAUAUUGGUAUACACCUCAGAGAUUACCCUGCAGACAGCGCGCCUCCAACUAUUCCAUAUGUUGAUCUCAGAGUCGACCACAAACAAAUCUCAAGCCUUCAGUAUUCAGGUGAUGGAAAACAAAUCCUGUGUGGUCUUGGCAACAGCUCAGUGUUAAUGUACAAGUCCUGCCUCACUGGCAGUCCAACUGUCUACGUAGGUCAUGACAAGCCAGUGAGGAGUGUGAGUUGGAGCCUCAGCCGACAGUGGUGGUUGAGUGCAUCAGAAGAGCCGUCGCUACGAAUCUGGACCCAUUCGAGGUCUGAGCCUGCCAUUGUCAUGGGUGACAGUAAGUUCUCCAAACCCAUUAGAGGUGCUCAGUUUUAUUACCUGGAUAAAUUUGUACUCCUGGCAUCUGGACCAUCUCUGUAUUUGUACCUGUACAAUGUCGACAUCACACGUGAUGACAUAAAGAGAUAUCAGCAACGGAGCGUCGUCAAAAUGGCAGGAUGCUUUUCAGCGACGUCCGCGACAGACAUCACUGCCCUGUCUGCAGUCAACGAUUUUCUGUCUUACAUUGUCCUCGUGUGCGGUUCAGAUCGGUCCGUUCAGGUAUUUGACCUGAACGAAGGUAAAGUUGCGUCAGAGCUGCCUGAUGCCCACGGUAGAGCCGUCCACUGCAUCACACAAAACAAGGGAUCCGUCUUCACCACUCAAGCUCCAGAUUCAUACAACCUUUUCCUCACCAGUGCAGUCACAGAUGGUGUGAAGAUUUGGGACCUUCGCACACUAAGAUGCGUUCGGCGCUAUGACAACCACCUAAACCGCUGCCAUCCCUGUUCCUCAGCCAUCUCACCAUGUGGCCGGUUCAUUGCUUCAGGCUCUGAGGAUAACUGUGCCUACGUGUACGACAUUCGAAGCAGCACCUUCCUUCACAAACUCCAGAAACACUCAGACACGGUGCUCAGCGUGACCUUCAACCCAGCCAAACCAGAGCUGCUGACAGGAACAAUGGACGGGAACCUCAGACUGUUUCAAUCCAGCAGCGGGUCAUGAAACUGGUGCUGCUCUGCACAGCGUCGCCAGCACGAUUGCAUAAUUACAGCUGCGUGCCGCAGGUGGCCAACCCAGUGGCCGGGAGUUCACUGGGAAGAGGAGAAUCUAUGUCUUGUUUGAAACUGUUGGUUUAAUAAAGUUUUUUUUUGUGUUUUUUUAAAAAAAAAAGUCAAAUUCAGUCAAAUUCUCUUGUGUGUUGUUUUUCAAUGCUUCAGAUUGUUAAAAGUAUCCGGCAAUUUCCACCCACUCACCUUUGUCAAACUUCCCGUACUUUCCUCUAAUUCAAAGGGAUACAGUGUUUUUCUUGAAUCUUUCAGUGGAUUCAUUUAACCUCAUUAUCGUGAUCCAGUAUUUGCUCAAUUAGAGAUAAUCGUGGCUAGAAUUGUGCCAGAAACAAUCAUAUAUUCAUUUGUAUUGCUCCCAUCUGUCGUGCGUUCUGGAUGAUCAAGCGUCGCAUUUCUUUUGCCCAGUACGUGGAACAAAUGUAAGUCUACAUCACAGUCUGCGGCCGCUGCUUAGCAGAUCAGCACGUAGGGGCGUGACAUCAGCUGGGUGUGACCUGAGUGGCUGCCAGAUGCUCAGAUGCUCCUACUGUUCAUGUCGACACACCCUUCCUCAUUGUUUUGGUGAACAUUUUCUACCUCAGUCGCAAUGAGAUGUCAGCCAUGCUAAUGUGCAACAGAACUGGAUAAUAUCUCACCCUGAAGUUUUUGAAAGGGCUGCACUGUUGGUGAUUUGUCUGUGGAACAUCUAACCGACUAAAUCUAAAAUAAAUGA